UCUUUAAUUUCAGGAGUACCUGAAAUAUGUUUUGUUUACACACUGAAAGAACUCUUCACAUGAACGCAGCGCCAUUAAAGCGGUGUAGAGACUAGCGGAUUUACAAAUUUUACCCACAACUGUAUAGAACCCAACCAUGUACAAUGAGGUACAUUUGUAUAGAACCCACUGCAGUGUCGCAAAAAUCUCAUCGAAUCGCGAAGACAAAAAUUUGAACUAGUGCGCGUAAAGUCAGGAUGUCAACAAACGAAUCGAAUCCUGAUUUUAGCAAUAUCACUGGAAAUGGGUCCACAUCGAAACUUUCAACUUCGGGCAAGUUACUGAUCGGAUUAACGGGUGGCGUGGCUGUUGGUCUUUCGAUCGUGUGCUACCCAUUCGUUGCUCCAGCGUUGCGAAAGCACUGCCUGCCUUACGUUCCGGCCACCACCAAACAGAUUGCGAACGUGCUAGCUUCGAUCGAAAAAUCGCGUGCUGGUGGCGCGCAUCGAUUGCUGGAUAUCGGUUCCGGCGAUGGUCGAAUCGUUAUCGCUGCUGCCCGAGAGGUGUCCGGGCUGGAGGCUCACGGUGUUGAGCUCAAUCCCUGGCUGGUUUACUAUUCCCGGCUGGCAGCCCUACGUGAGGGCGUUUUGAGGAAAACCAAAUUCUAUCGGAAGGAUCUGUGGCAGUUCGACAUAUCUGGCUAUGACAACGUAGUUAUCUUCGGGGUUGAGCAAAUGAUGGCCGAUUUGGAGCAAAAAGUAAGGAAAGAAGUAAAACCGGGAUCGACGAUAGUGGCUUGUCGAUUUCCUUUUCCUACAUUGAUUCCUAAUAAAACCAUUGAUGACGGAAUAGAUUCUGUAUGGGUCUAUAAGAACGUGAAAUGAACCUCGAAUGUUUCAUCCAAAUUUGUUGUAGAUAGUUAAUAUUAGUAAUACAAUACAAAUUUCGUUACUGAAAAAUCUUUAUUUUUUUCAAACAAUCCUAACGAAGUAC